AGCUAUAUUUCUUGAAAAAGUCAAAUUUAAGCGUUGCGCAAAAUGAAAAAAAAAAAAUAAAAAAAAAAAUCAACAAAAUAUCAGCUGUACUUCAGAUCUCGGUUAUGAGUUAUGACUUUUAAGCCUUUACUCAACAGCUACAAAAAUAAACCAUGAAGAAACUGACCACCAUGAGCAUCUUUUCAAUUCCAAUCUUCACUGGUAAUUUUAUCGUCUAUUUUAUCAGAUAUGUUUCUUAAAUUUCUUUUACAGGUAGAGAUGAAAAUCAACUCAAGAGAUUUCACUUAACCAAGAGAAAAAUCCCUAGUUGAAGAAUGAAAAUAUUCAUAUUUAACAUAAAUGAAGAAGUCAAGCCAAGAGUUCAUUGUCAUAACUUUUGAUAAUUAUGGAGUUUCAGGUCACUGUAACCAUCAAGAUGUUCAUCAAGGUGUUCGAAAACUAUUGCAAGAUACUUCACAUAAAGAAGUUGACGCCUGGGAGCUUGUUAGCACUAACAUAUUGCGCAAGUACAGUGGACCAGUGGACAUAUGGUUGUCCCUCCUAUCUGCCAAGUUCCAUUUAAGUGGAUUGGUGCAUUGCUUGCUAAAUGAACAUCCCAGAAGGAGCUUAGCUGCAAUGGCUCAGCACACGAGUCAGUGGGUUUGGUUUCGCAAGCUAUUUGUUUCUUUCUCAAGUUACCCAUAUGUCAACUGCCUUAAGAAGAUCAAUUAGAUAGAUACGUGUAAGGUCGUUGGUUCCUUUUUAGAUGAAGAGGUCAUUGGUUCCUCAAGGCACUUGAUCAUCUAGAUGUUGGUUCAGCAAUAGUUGGUAAAACCACUCAAUUGAUCAGUGAAUGUUUAGAAUUAUUGGUAAUUGCUGCAAUAGUUGGUUUACUACUUGGUGUGCAAUACCAGCAUCCGGACCCGACUUCAUGCUCUUUUUAUUAAUAUUUAAUUUUAAUAAGAGUAAUAAUUGUUUCGUGCUUU